AUGGCACAUACUCGAAAAUUGGCGUCAAACCUUCAAAUGACACUGAGCCGCAACUUUCGCACGACCUAUUAUAAGACGCUAGGUGUUCCUGUUGUACAGCACAUCGUGAAUUUGGACGCCUCGUUCGCGGCGCUGCUCAGUGAAUCGGUGGUCAAUUUGCCGCAACUUCUGAAUUUAGCUCUAGAGCUUGGUGUCGCGCCACAGUAUCGCGCGAGGAUCUGGCUGUUAUUAGUGGAAGUGCUACCGCCUUAUUCGAGAUUGUGGAGCUUUGUGUUAACGGAGCGACGUGCCAUGUUUGAAGAUCUUGUGGACGCAGCACAUUAUCUCCAACCAUUUAAACUGUCGAGGCGCCUAAAAUUGUUAAAGGAUGAGGAGACAGCUAAAGCAAAUAACAAGUUGCCGUUGUAUUCGCAGCAUGAUCUGGAGAGAUUGGUUCACCUGCACCAGACCUACCAGCAAGAUAUUGCGACAUGUGACGCACCAAUGCUGCGUAAAUCGGUCGACCGCAACUUUCUUUUAAGCGUGGCUAGAGUAGUGUUUGAAGUACUGCCACAUGAUGCUGAACGUUUUUGGUGCUUUACAGGAUUAUUAGAUUUAUUUAACGGGCGACUAGAACUAGUAGAUCCCAUGGUGACACCAGACAAGUUGUAUAAUGCAUCACUUACAGAGUUUGAAAGUGUGUUUCUUCGCACGAUGGAUGUGAAGCGAAGUCGACUAAUAACGGAUAGGCUGUCGAAUCUGCAUUUGUUAAAAAGUUGCCACGACGACUGUAUUAAGCAAGGAUGA